CAUUUUCAGCAUGCACUGCUGGAAGCAUGUACAGUACACUGCUAACAAGCAUGUUGACUUAAAACAUUUAGGGCUGCAUUUAAUCUCUAUUUGGUAAAGUGUUUCCCUCACAAAGUUCUGUUGAGGAAACAUUCUGUACAUCAUACGUGAGGAAUUUUAUUCCAAUAACAAGGUGCUUGAAGGGCUUGCUAAAUUUCUGAGAGCUGACCGAAGUGACCUUUAUAAAGCCCCGAGCUUUCCACAGAAGGAUCUUAGCUGUCUAUCAAACAAGGAGGCGGGUAGUAAACAGCAAGGCGUGCUAUGUGAAAAUGAACAUUUUUAUUGUUGUCUGUUUGACUAAAAUCACAUUGUCUGAUUGGAAACAUUCAUUUGAAAACAGAAAUUGUGGUGGAACACACUUGUGAUUCUUCUCUAACUUGUCCCCUAUUAGGGUAUAAACUUGAAUGGGCAGCCUAAUUUAAAAAUAUAGCUAGUAGUAAAAUUACAAGUUAGUGCUGCAACAACUAAUAAUUAGUACUGAUAAAAAUCGAUUAUAAAAAUUUCUGAUUUCAUUAUUGAUUAGUUAAAUGCUGUGGCUUGCUGUCACUUCAUUUAGACUAAAAACAAAUUUGAUGGCAAUGGUGAAGCAUAUUACAACAGAGUAAACCUCCUCUAUGCAUGGAAACAUUUUACAUUACACUACACUGUUGGUCUCAUGACAUACACUCACUGAACACCUGUACACCUACCUAUUCAUGCAACUAUCUAAUCAGCCAGUCAUGUGGCAGCAGUGAAAUGCAUAAAAUCAUGCAGAUAAGGGCCAGCAGCUUCGCGUAAUGUUCACAUCAACCAUCAGAAUGGGGAAAGAAUGUGAUCUCAGUGAUUUUGACCAUGGCAUUAUUGUUGGUGCCAGACAGACUGGUUUGAGUACUUCUGUACUCAACUGACCUGCUGAGUCUCUAGAGUUUACUCAGAAUGGUACAAUAAAGAAAAAACAUCCAGUAAGUGGCAGUUUUAUGGACAGAAACGCCUUGUUGAUGAGAGAGAUCAACAGAGAAUGGCCAGACAGGGUCGAGCUGACAGAAAGGCCACAGUAACUCAGAUAACCACUCAAUUGUGGUGAUCAGAAAAGCUGUUUUGAGAGCAGAAUGAGGCCCUACCCAGGAUUAGUAUAGCAUUCCUAAUAAAGUGCUCAGUGAGUGUAAAUUCUAAAUUAUGUUUUCAUGUAGUAAGUAAUAUUUCAAUUUGUAUCAUUUUGUUUGUGGUCUGUGUGAUUGAGUGCAAUUCCAGGCAUUGAAAGCUAAGUCAACCCCAAAGCUUUGGAAUUGAAUCCACACACCUUUUGCACACACGUUUGCAAGACAGCCAGUGGAUAUAACGAUACAGUACACGUUGUAAAAUUUCGUUUGAUACGAGGCUUUCGAUUUGACAUGUCUGUUUAUCGAGCAAUAUAUUCAACACUCUGCAUAAUGAAGGAGGCUAUUCAUUAUAAAACAAUGCUUAUAGCUUAUAUUACUGAGGUGAAAACAUUUUACAUUUAAACUUAAUCAAGCCCACACUUCCUCCUCUGAAAAAGUAGUUUCCUCUUUAUCCCAAAUCAGGAGGCUUCACCUUAGCAAAGCUUUCGUUUUGUAUAUAUGCUGCUAAAAGUCUGAGUGGAUCACAUUAUCACUGUGUCAUUAUUACGUUUUGAAAAUGGAAAUCUAAGGCACAUAUUCAGGCAAUGCUUAUCUUAUCAACUGUAUUGAAAAAAGUUUUGUAUCAAGGCAGCAUCAUACUGAAGUUGUAUUGGCUUUGAAUUUUGUUUAUUAUUACACCCCUAGUGAGUAUUUAUUUUGGUUUUAUUUUAAAAUUUUCUAGCUGGAAUUGAACAAAUCAGGGCAGAACAGAUAAAACUGAUACACUAUAUGGCCAGAAGUAUGUGUACACCUGAGUAUUGGAUGUCCCAUUCUAAUACCAUGGGCAUUAAUAGUGAGUUGUCCCCCCUUUGCUAAUAUAAUAACCUCCAGUGUGGCUGUCGGGGGUUGUACUCAUUCAGCCACAAGAGCGCAAGAGGUUGGACGCUGAUGUCGGGUGAGGAGGCCUGAUGCGCGGCUGUCAUUCCAAUUCAUCCCAGCUGUGUUCAUUGAGGUCAGGGCUCUGUGCAGGCCACUUGAGUUCUUCCACAUCGAACUUGACAAACCAUGUCUUUAUGGACCUCACUUUCCAAUGAAGGGAAUUCUUAAUACUACGGCAUACAAAAGCAUCAUGCACUCAGUGUCCACUUUAAUAUGAACACCUGUACACCUGCACCUUUAUGCAGUUAUCAAUCAUUCAAUCAUGUGGCAGCAGCACAGUGCAUAAAAUCAUGCAGAUACAGGUCAAAAGCUUCAGUUAAUGUUCACAUCAAACAUCAGAACGGGGGAAAAAAUGUGAUCUCUAUAACUAACUGUGGCAUGGUUGUUGGUGCCAGAUGGGCUGGUUUGAGUAUUUCAGAAACUGCUGAUCUCCUGGGAUUUUCACACACAGCAGUCUCUAGAGUUUACACAGAAUGGUGCGAAAAACAAAAAACAUCCAGUGAGCAGAGGGUCUGCUGGCUGAAACACCUUGUUGAGAGAGAGAUCAGAGGAGAAAGACCAGACUGGUUUGAGCUGACUGGAAGUCUAUAGUAACUCAAAUAAGCACUCUUUACAACCACGGUGAGCAGAAAAGCAUCUUAAAACACACAACACAUCAAACCUUGAGGUGGAUGAGCUACAACAGCAGAAGACCGCAUCAGGUUCCACUCCUGUCAGCCAAGAACAAGAAUCUGAUGCCAUCAUGGGCACAGACUCACUGAAACUGGACAGUUGAAGACUGGAAAAAGAAAUCGUACUUCACGGACACUGGUCAUGUUCAUGUGUGCUAAUAUAUUAACAGUGCUCAUUUAGACUAGAAAUUUAACCGUGCAAAAAAAGAUAUUGCUAUUACUGUCAAAGACCACUACUUUGUGUGACUUGUAACAUUUGCCAAAUGAUCUCUCUUCUUAGUAAAGUGAUCAUGUAGCCAGGCCAUUUUCAUUCCCAAAAAUGUGUUAAUUCAUUGCAGGUUUAGAAUAAAAACCAUGGGAAUCAGUGUUGUAGCUCAUGUUGCAUCAGAAUUGGGUAUUGUGGACUGAUUGUUCACAUAUAAAAUUUCUACCCAGUGUCCCAGCAGGUCUGUCAUCUUUCUCCCUUUUCAUUGCUGUAGGCCGGUGACAGGUUCCAGCUGUAAAUUUGUCCUGUUUUACAUUUGUUUUACAUCAACCGGAAACUGAGAAACCAAAGCGCACUCUGGCAAACCCAUUCAGAACCUCCACUCAGUGCUGCUGUCCAAUAUCUGUUUGAAAUUGUAUAUGUACAUUAUGCAGUUCAAGUCUGUUGCAUUCAGAGUUCUUCACUGUUUUUAAGAAUUUCGUCAACUAUGUUUUACAGUUUAUAAUUUUGUUUUCUAUUGGGUUAAUUUAAUAAAAUUCUUGCUAAAUUUAAAAUUCUAUACAAAGGACACAAUGUAUAGUUACGGAGUAUGCAAUGCAGCAUCAAUAGGCUAUGGACACAACUCACCCCUGAAUAUGUUGUCAUUAUUUUCUUAAAUAAAAACAGGUAAGGCAUUUAUUUGGUCUCUAAUUUGGUGGGAAGUUAGUGAAUGAUAGUCAGCGUAUUCAUUGUUGUGGUGUUUUUGUUACCCAGUUGUAAACUUGUUUAGCCAAAUAAUCAUAGCCAGCUAGUGGAUAAUUAUUUGAGUGUGUUUCUGUGUUGUUGUUUUUUUUUUUUUUAAACUUAAAAUUUGGCUGUGUUUCAGUCUGUGUGUAUUUCAUCCACUGUAUUUUAGCUAGCUAGUUAGAGUUAGCGGACUGGAUUACUACAGCCAUGGAGCUGCGCGUAGCUUAAAGGCACUGUGGUCAUUGUGAGAUUACAUCCGAGCAAUCCUAUCCCCUGUGACCUGAACUCAUAUUUUAGAUAGCUAACUAACAUUGUGAUGAUUCUGUAGGUUAUGUGCUGUUUAUGAUUCGACAAAUGAUGACAAUCACAUCAGGUUGGCGAUUCUCGAGCACUGCUGCUUGAUCAGGCACUCGCAGUGAGCUAGCCAGCUGACAGAAGCUUAAAGACCAGCUUUAGCUGAAGGUAUGGAGUGGUGUCGGCUACAGACUGGAUGACAUUGCUGACCUGUCUCAGUCCCACAUUCUGACUGCCCUGUUACCCUGACAACCCUUGCUGAGGACGCCAGCGGGACUCCGUCCUUUUUAUGCUCUCACCUCCCAUUCUCUCUUGUGCACCUGUACACACUCUGUCUUUGGUUGUUUUGUAUUACUUGCUCCCUUCCUUCCCCUCUUUCCCUCUCCUCUCCUCUCUUCUUUUCCCUUCCUUCUCUUUCUCCCCUCCCUUUCUCUCCUCUGAUCUUUCCCUCUGUCCUGGAAGAGCCCCACCUCAAGAAUUUUGACCUUAGGCCGAGAAGCUAAGAUGAGCUGGCUGAGUCGUAUAACACCCAGGGGUCCAGAUGGGCGGAACAGUAGGAACGUUGCCCCAUCUAGCCCAUGCACUGCCGACCCCGAGACAUGCCUAAUGGUGUUUGAGAACCAUUGGAGACAGGUGUCGUGGGUAUUGGAGCAGAGGGACUCUGUGGCUGGGGGAGCUGAUGAUUUGACAGCAGUGAGGAAUCACACUGAUCAAAUGCUGUGUCUACUGGCAGAGGAAAGACCAGCAGGGGGCGACAGUGAUCCACCAGCUUUGGGCCCUAUUCUGGAGCUGGUGGUGUCUGAAAACAUCCUGGAGCGACUGGUACAGUGGCAUGUGCGCCGUGGUCUGGACCCUGACAGCCAAACAGCUCUGCUGAAGCUGUUCGAAAUGCUGAUUGGCCAAUCCCAUCAGCCCUUGCUACAGAACAGCGCCGUGCUCCAGCCACUGCUCAUUCUGCUGGGAGCUUGUGUAGACCCUCAGUUCGGCUGUCCCCCUAACCUGGAGGCCAGCCUCGUACUGCUGCUCAACCAGGUUUGUGUGUCCAUGGCAAGGCAGCCUGCUGUGUUGGAGCUGUUGUUUAGGUGUGGUACAAUACAGCAGGGUCCCACAAACCUGCUGAUCUUCUCUUUGCUGGUACCAUUUAUCCAUCGAGAUGGAGUUCUGGGACAACAAGCUCGUGAUGCCUUGCUUUUGGUCAUGGCUACCUCGGCCAGCAACCACGCCGUGGCGCGCUACAUCACUGAGAACUCCUACUUCUGUCCGGUACUAGCAACGGGCCUGAGCGCACUCUAUUCCUCUCUGCCGCGGAAGAUUGAGGUGCGUGAUGAUGACUGGCAUGCACUGCAGAGGGAGGACUGGAUGGGCGUGUCCUCUUUGGUCCUCUUCAUGAACAGUUUAGAGUUCUGUAAUGCCGUGGUACAGGUGGCACACCCACUCGUCCGCUACCAGCUUAUUGACUACCUCCACAAUGGCUUCCUGGUACCAGUCAUGGGUCCUGCCCUGCACAAGUCAUCUGUGGAUGAAAUGAUAGCAAGUACGGCAUAUCUGGACCUUUUUCUACGCAGUGUCACAGAGAAGUCCCUCCUCAAGACCUUUCUCCGCUUCAUAUUGCUGCAUCGUCAUGACAAUGACACAAUCCUCGAUACCCUGCUCACACGCAUCAGCAGCAACUCACGGCUGUGCAUGGUCUCUCUCAGUCUCUUCAAGACUUUGCUCUCCCUCAACUGUGAAGACCUCAUGCUCCAGCUCGUUCUCAGGUAUCUGCUGCCUUGCACACAUGUGAUGCUGAGUCAGCGGCGUGCAGUCAGAGAGACUGACCUCUAUGGCAAAUCAGCUGAUAAGUUCCUGUCUCUCAUCCCAGAAUGCUGCAGAAUCACGGCAGCAGCCUGUAAUGAAAAGGAGGAGGAACCUGCCUUCUGGGGCAAGGUGUUAGGUAGCCCCACUUCAGAGUCUCCCAUUCACGCCAAGCCCAGCACUCCAUCCCGCUUGGCUCUCUUCAUUCGGCAGCAAAACACAGGCAACCCAUCCUCCAAUGCUGCUUCUGACAACACUCCCUCCUCUCCUCGGGGCAGCAUUUCCACACCAUCUCCUCACAGCCCGAUGCAUCAGCCUCCAGAUGCUUUAGAAGCUGAGUCUGGUUAUCUGGAGUACCUCAGAGAUGCACGGCGGGGCAUUGAGCUCUGCUCAUGGGCCUGUCGGGACUGGUCAGCCCCUUAUGACGGAGAAAACCCUUCCCCCAACUCGGUACCACCUCCACCACAGCCUCCCACAUCCAACCCAUCUCUCAAUAUGGUGCCUGAACACUUCUCCAUGCAGCAAAGUGGGCUUAAAGACAUCCAGCAAAGGGCAGCCAUAGUGGCAGCAGCACGUGCAGAAUGGAGCAGCUCAGAUCGAAACAGUGGAGAGUGGGAUGUAACAAUCAGUAAGAACUGCAUCAGCCUCACACCUCGCAGCAAGAAACGCAGCCUAUUGCCCAGUUCUGUCUCUCUGCAGCCAUCAUCAUCAUCAUCAUCAUCAUUAUUGUCCUCAUCAGCAGUUCCCCCAUUAGGGCCAGGAGAACCUGCAGGUCGCCAACCCCACACAGUUCCACAUCGAGCACUCUAUAACGGCACUGGACAGGCAGAUGAAUGUGUUGAUAUGUCUGAUAGAGGAAUGGAGGUGAAGAAGGUAAAGAGAGAUGCAGACGCUAACGGAAGAGUGGAAGAAUUAAACGUGAAUGGAAGGGUGGGUAUUGUAUCUACAGAAUCCAGUCUUCCUUUGCAGGGAGAGUAUAGUUUGGUGACGAAACCAUCUCAGGUGCAAUCUACUGCGCUUCCACAACCACAGCCAUGCCCAGCUAACUUGCAGUCCUCAUCCCAGGAGUGUAACUCCAGUGAAGGACAAAGAUCUACUCCAGCCUUGAGCUCAACUGAAACUUUCAUCGCCACAAGCUGCAGCAGCCCUGGGCUGGAGUCGGUCGAAAGCCUGAUUGAUGAGCUGCUAGAACAAGCACCAUCUGAACCACUGUCCGAAGACUCCAAUGGCAAGGGCAUCAGCAUAGAAGCAUUCCACCAAGAGCUAAGAGAACUAGAAGAGCGAGUAAAGGGAAGGAGAGUUCACAAACGAAGCACUGAUGAGUUCAUACAAGAUCCCUUAUCUAAUCCCCCUGAUCCAAACCGGACAGAUGAGGAGUGCCCUUCAUUGGAGACUGAGCAGGGAGCUGAAGAAUCAAAGCCUGAAAGCUCCACCCCAUCCAUGUUUAGCCCAGCACGACCCCUUGGACAACCUCAAGCACAACCAUACAUAGGUCCCUUUUUGACGGUGCUCUUUUCAAAGCUGGAGAACAUGAUGCAAAAUUCUUUGUAUGUGAACAUUCUGCUGACCGGCAUUGUCUUUCAGCUUGCCUGCUACCCUCAGCCUCUCCUCCGCUCCUUCCUUCUUAACACAAAUAUGGUGUUCCAGCCUAGUGUCAAGUCUCUCAUACAGGUGCUUGGAUCUGUAAAGAAUCGUAUUGAAGCAUUUGCUGCAGUGCACGAGGACUUUCCAGCUAUGCUGAGGAAGGCUCGGCGCUUCCUUGUCACACGAGGCAAACUAGACUGGACAGAUUCGGCCACAGGAGUACCCCCUCUCCGCCGAUCAGACUCAAUGGUGAAGAGUCGGAAGCCAUCACUGGGUGAGCUGAUCCUGAGGCAUACUAACAGUCCAACGCGAGCACGCCACGCAGCGCAGGCAGCUCUGGCACACGUGAGGGACGGUGGCCAUUCUCUGCACAGUGCUUUGUUCCGUGGCGUGGUGGCCGGGACCGGGACUUCCAGUCUUGAGAAACAGGCAGAGGCGCUGCGGGUAAAGAACACGGUAUACUGUGCUGUCAUCUUCUCUGAGUUUCUCAAGGAGCUGGCAGCUUUGGCACAGGAGCAUGCAGUGGCCAUGCCCUUCCCACCCAGCCAGGGCACUGAGGAGUGAUAGACACUGUGCCCAAUCUUCUCUUAGUUUUUAAAAGGAAUUUAAAAAACAAGCGCGCGAGGAUAGGUGUAAUUACAUGUUUAUAAUAAUUUUUUAAAACUGUACAGGAUAUGUAAGAGCUUCAUUGUUAAAGCUUUAGAACAUUGUCCAUAUAAAUCUUGUAUAUAUUCUAUAUAAAAUAUGUGUAUAAUGUUUUUACACAGUAUGCUCAGAGCGACUUGUAUGCUUUAACAUGGCUGUACACAGGCACUCCCUAAAGCAAAACUUUGGUGUUAUUUCGCUACAUAUCUUUUUGUUUUUGUUUUUUUUUAAUGUAAGAGGCAUGCUGCUGUGAUCUUUUUAUAUUAUUAGGUCUGUACCGAGUAAUUCUAUUCAAAGAAUCUACUGAAAAAAAUUUAAACAAAGCUCCAUAAAACUUGCAUAUUUCUGUUAGUUGUGUAGAUUUAUAUAGGGAAAUGAUUUUCAUAAUGUGGCUUGAUUGUCAAUAACCAUAAUAAGGGCCUUGAAAGCUGGCCUAAACAAUUCCCAUGUACAACCCCAUUUAUCCAAACAAAGUGAGGAAAAAGACAACAUGCCAGUGAACUCAUGCAGCACCUACCCUUAAAGUAUAAAUAUUUUUGGGUCUUGCCCAAGUAGAAAUACAGUUUUUAAAACAGGGUUGGUGUGAAUAAGUUAAAAUAUACAUCUAUAAGAGAAUGUUAUUUCUCCUUUUUAUAAAAAGAAAAAAAAAAUUCUGUCAUAAAAGCUACAUUUGCAGAACUAAUAAGGAGCACUGGCCAGUUAGCUCUUGUGAAUUAUACAAUAUUUUACUCACUGAAAUCUUGGGUGCAUUUGUUGCGUAUUGAGAUGGAGUAUUUGAAAUGGAGCACAUGAGUUGCCAGGUAAAACAUAGCUUUGUUAUUUAUAGUAGAAGAUGGUCGUGUGUGUGCCGUAGCCUGUUCUUGAAAAGAUACUGCAGCCAAAUUUUUUUUUUUUUUGUAAACAUGCCUUUCCAUCGUCUUACCCCACUCGCUAGCUAAUGCAAAGAACUUCAUGGCCUAACUAAUGCACAUUACUCGUGUUUGUAGCAAGGUACAUUUAAAUAUAAUAGCACUCUUAAAAAUUAUGUUCUAUACAGUAAUAUCGGUUACUUACUUAUUUAUUUAUUUUUUUAAACACAAAACUAAAUGUGUACAGCUUGGUACACUGCAUUUUACUGGCGUUCAAAUAAAUUGCCAUCUUUCAUGAUUGAUUUCCAUAGGGGUUCCCAAAGAUUGUAUUUGAUGUAUUUGCAUCAUGUUUGCUGAGUAUUUUAGUGAAGGGACAUUAAAAGGACAUAACCAGCACAGGGAUGCAAAAUUGUGACAUGUUAAAAUUCUGUAGCUUGAAGAUAUACUACAAAGCUAGAUGAUACUAAAUAACAACAAAUAAUGUUUAAACCCAAUUGUAAACCCCAGGCGGAAUGUCAGUAAUGUAUCUCACAUUAUCCACUGUUUAAGUGAUUAGUUCAACUAUAUGGGGAAACUUGGAGAGUUGACCAGUCAAGCAUGAUCAUCUCAAAGCAUCUGUUCCUAGACACAUCAUCUCAGAGGGUUAAAAAGAGGUCACUGGAAGAGCAUACCACAAUAGUGAACUGUAUGCUCCACUUUUUAUUUUCCUAUUGUCAAAUUAUAUUUUAUUCCAAGUACAGCAGAUUGAGUAUUCUCUCUGACUGGAGGUGGUCAUGAGAUACUGUGUGAAAUGGCACAGGAAAUUGACUGGAUAGAGAAUAACAACAGGAGGAGGAUGAUCAUUGCAACAGGAGAAUUUGAUUUUUGAAAAGGCACUGAUCCUUUACUGGCUCUUUAUGGUGCUCCAUUUAGUUUUUGAAUAAGUGGGCCAUUUAGUUUCCCUGGUGGCCUGUUUUGUAGAUGACGAGACUGUCAGGUUUUAGGCGAGUUCCAGCCUGUGCAGGGAAUGUGCCAAGUUCAGAGAAAGAGAAGCCAUCUCAGUGUUGCAGCAGUCAGUAAGUUCAUUGUAUGGUUUAGUUUUAGUUUAUUUUGGAUUUUUUUUUUCCCCAGGAGACUUUAGUAUUCAUUGUGAAAAUAGUGUAUGUGUGGGUGGUUUGUUCUCUCAAUUUUUUUUUAAUUAUUUUUUUUUAAAUAUGUACUGACACUUUGUUUUUGUGCAGGCAAUUUUUGUGAAAUCUACCUUGAUUAUUUCCAAAUUAUUCACAGCCAUAGAGACAAUGUCACUUUCUAUACUUUAAUGUUCUAUACAUUUGUUUUAAUGUACCAAAUCACGUUAUAGUGCGGUUCCAUUCAAAAAAAAAAGUGACAAUUUUUGUUUUAGACCUGUAAAUUCAAUCACAUUUCAUUUUCAAUCGUUGUAUGUGUAUAUAAAAAUGCAGAAAAUGCUGGUUAAAUUAAGAAGAUGGAUGUAAACGUUGCAGCUUGGACUCAGUGCCACUUAUCUAUCAAUCCAUCCAUUUGACCCCACCUAGCCAUCUGCCCUAUUGCUAUCCAUUACAAGCAAGCUUUUCUUUGCUCAGACUUUGAAUAAUUCCAUUAGAGUUUUUGCUUUCCAGAGAAUAUUUAAGUGUCAUUUCAAUCAGGAGUUUUAUUUGUGGUUGUUUUAAGAGCAGAACAUCUUUCAUAUGUUUACUUAAGCACCAGUGUCACAUUUUGUGUUUAUUUGUUUCAGGUGGUGGCAAUGUGGCCUAUGUUUAAAUAUUCAUCUAAAAAUAUUACCUGCUCUAAAGUUUUUGUUCAGGGUUUCUGAAAUGUGUCAAUAUGCCAGGCUCUUACUGAGUAGUCACAUUAAAGGUGCUCCGAGUUGUUGACAGAAGCUAAAAUUUUUUUUACGAGUGAUGUUAUGCCCUUGGCUGUGGUUUCUGUAAGCAUGUAAGGCAUGUAUUAAAGUGGAGAGGUGAAUAUUAAAUAGCUGUUUUAGGAACAACAUCAGGAGCUAUGGUGCCAAGUAUUGCCUAGUAAACAGGUUACUGGCCCCUCUGGUGUUUUUACUGUUGGUUAGAGCUUAAAAAAAAAAAAAAGAUUAUGCGAACGGGGCACUUUUGUGUUCAUACCCUGAAAAAGUGUGUUUGAUAAGCUAUGCCACUGUUUUAUGUUUCAACUUCAGAGACAGUAGAGCUUACUCCAGUACACAUGGUUCCAGGAGGUUGGACCUCUAGAAUAUAAUCAAUAUUUUAAAACUGACUUAAACUAAAUAAAUAAAUAAAUAUAUAUAUAUAUAUAUAUAUAUAUAUAUAUAUAUAUAUAUAUAUAUAUAUAUAUAUAUAUAUAUAUAUAUAUACUAGAGUAAUGAAGCUUUUGACAAAGUAAUUGCUUGAUCUCAGUUGCUGGCUAUAGGAAAUAGGGAAAUUUGUGUGUGUAAAUUCGGUGGAACCCAUAAAGGAUUUUGAAGUUGAUUUACAGUCAUUAAUUAUUGUUAAUUUCAUUCUUUUUCUUAUCUUGGCUGUUUUUCCUUUAAAUGGUGAAGUGCUGUUGAUGUGUUUGCGGCUUGUUAUCUAUGCAAACCUGCUCCUGUUGCUCUUAGUCUGAAACAGUUCAGCUUUUGUGUACACACAAUAACACUUAAACUUGGGGAGAUUCACCAAGCCCCCCUUUUCUUUGACAAUUCACAGAACUGUAUGGAAACAAAUGUAAAAUGAUGAAUGUUGCCAGAAAUAUUUUUCUAUAUAAAUCCUGAUGAGUACAGUUGAUCUCAAUAGGGGAAAUCAAUGGUUACACUUUAAAAUCUGUAAAACACUAAAAGGGAAUGUUUUUUUAAAUUAAUUUAUAAAUGUUUUACUUAGCAAUA